GCUACGAGCCUGCACCCGCCCCAGCUUCCAGCUGGAGCUAGAAUUGCUUAUUGGAGGGGCGUGCGCGCGCGCGCCCUCGCCCUGUUGCGCGCUGGUGUCACCUUGGGCGCGAGCGGGGCUGUGUGUGCACGGGACCCAAAGCCGAGGGCCAUCAAGGGGCGAUGGCAGCGACGGCGAGUCUCGGGGCUGGACGGACGGACGGGAAACCCCGUACCUCCCCUAAGUCGAUCAAGUUCCUGUUUGGGGGCCUGGCUGGGAUGGGUGCUACAGUUUUUGUGCAGCCCCUGGACCUGGUGAAGAACCGGAUGCAGUUGAGUGGUGAAGGAGCCAAGACUCGAGAGUACAAAACCAGUUUCCACGCCCUCACCAGCAUCUUGAAGGCAGAAGGGCUGAAGGGCAUUUACACUGGGCUGUCAGCUGGCCUUCUUCGCCAGGCCACCUACACCACUACUCGCCUUGGCAUAUAUACUGUGUUGUUUGAGCGCCUGACUGGGGCUGAUGGUACACCCCCUGGCUUUCUCCUGAAAGCCCUGAUUGGCAUGACUGCAGGUGCAACUGGUGCAUUUGUGGGAACGCCAGCUGAGGUGGCUCUCAUCAGGAUGACUGCUGAUGGCCGGCUUCCAGCGGACCAGCGCCGUGGCUACAAAAAUGUGUUUAAUGCCCUAAUUAGAAUUGCCGGGGAAGAAGGAGUCCCCACACUGUGGCGGGGCUGCAUCCCUACCAUGGCUCGAGCUGUCGUCGUCAAUGCUGCCCAGCUUGCCUCUUACUCCCAAUCUAAGCAGUUCUUGCUGGACUCAGGCUACUUCUGUGACAAUGUUCUGUGCCACUUCUGUGCCAGCAUGAUCAGUGGCCUCGUCACCACUGCUGCUUCCAUGCCUGUGGACAUCGUCAAAACUAGGAUCCAAAAUAUGCGAAUGAUCGAUGGGAAGCCAGAGUACAAGAAUGGGCUGGAUGUGCUGCUGAAAGUCGUCCGCUAUGAGGGUUUCUUCAGCCUGUGGAAGGGCUUCACACCAUACUAUGCCCGACUGGGCCCCCACACUGUCCUCACCUUCAUCUUCUUGGAACAGAUGAACAAGGCCUACAAGCGUCUCUUCCUCAGUGGCUGAUCUGGCAAGGUCCCGGGACUAGUAUGCCAGGCUUCCAAGUCACCCAUUGCUAUUACAGUCGCUGUGCCCUGGGGGGCCUGGAUUCUGCUACUCUGGGCUAUUAUUCUAUUUAUUUUCCCUCUACAGUGUGGUUUCCUCCUUUGCGGUAAAGAACUUUAAUGUGUUCUACCCCCUGCUCCAGCUUGCCAUGCUUGGCCCGAUGCUUAGGAUCAUUCUGCCCCUGGCUAUUCCUGAGGAGACCUAAGGAACAAGCUGAGGAUUUCUAGUCUCCCCUUGGGGGUUAGUUUCAGGGCACGGAAGACAGCAGAUCCCUCUCUCUGGGGAAUCCAAGGCAGAGCUGAGGAGUCAGGGGAAAGCAGAAACUGUCAAGAUGAGCAAAGGGUCUAUGGUGGAAGGACGUGACCUCCCUCCUCCCUGAGGACUUAAUAAAUUGGAUUGAUAACGCCAGCCCCAAAUCUGGAUAGUCUUAAGGGCCAUAAGGGAGCUAGCUGCACAAAGAAGCUCGUGUCUGGAGUUUUUAAUGAAACUAUUAAAGAAAAUCACCUACCAGUUUUAUGAAAAUGCUAUGUAAAUAAGUCAUAACUCAACAGGUGACAGAAAAAAAUAAAGAAGCUGGGCAAUGUAGCCCUGACUAUCCUGGAACU